GAUCUGCCCACUUUGGGCUCCCAAAGUGCUGGAAUUAUAGGCAUGAGCCACCGUGUCAGGCCCCGCACCCGGCCUUUUCUUUUGUGCUUGGAGGGCUUUAGACUGGAGGUUUUGCCUGAUUUUAAGGGGCAGGAAUGGAGUCAUGGAGAGGGAGAUAGAAGAAUAGAUGUGUAAGAGCUGUUUUUCACUUGUCUCUUGGAGGUGAGUUUUUAAUGAAAAUGUCUUGAAACCUUAAACACUGAUGCUGUGAACCUGAGAAAAUGCUUGGGAAAACUGUCCCCUCUCCCUCCCAAUUCAGGGAUGGCUUCUCUUCUAAGCUCUGGUCUUGACCUCUCUUGCCCUCCUCCUUAAUCCUACACAGACUUGUUGAUUAUCAUGGUAUCCUUUCCGUCCUUCUACCCUUCUCAGUGGUAUAAUCGUCCCCAUUUGACAGGUGAGACCACUGAUGAGGUGAGGUUGAGAUUGCUGGCUACCAGGCUGCUGAUUGUAAUUAGCACCUAUCCCUGUGGUGGACUGCCUGCCUGCCCUUCCUGCUGUGUGUUGCCAUUUGCAGCCCAAGUCGGUGGACUUCAGCCAGAGUGCCACAGAGAGCUUUGACACCACCUUCACUGUUCCCUCUUUUCUCUCAGCAGACUCUAAGCCGCAUUUCCUCUUCCUUUGGGAAGUGGUUAAGACUGUGGACUUUGGAACUAGACCAACUUGGAUUUGACUCCUGGCUAUAUCUUUCCCUGGCUUUAUGGCCAUGGGAAAUAUUGUGAGUUGAAUUGUGCUUCCUUAAAAAAGAUAUUUUGAAGUCCUGACCCCAGGUACCUCAGAUUGUGACCUUGUUUGGAAAUGAGGUCAUUGCAGGUGUAAUUAGUGAAGAUGAGGUCAUACAGGAGUAGGGUGGGCCCCUAAUCCAACAUGGCUGGUGUCCUUAAAGACAAUGACCACGUGAAGACACAGAGAGAGCACACCUUGUAAAGAUGGCAAUGGAGAGUGGAGAUUGGAUGCCUCUACAUGCCAACGAACUCCAAGGAUUGCUGGCUGUCACCAGAAGCCAGGAGAGAGGCAUGGAACAGAUUCCCUCACCACUCGCAGGAGCCAACUCUGCCGACACCUUGAUUUCAGACUUCUAGCCUCCAGAACUGUGAGAGAAGACAUUUCUGCUGUUUUCAGCUGUUUGGUUUGUGGUACUUGGCUACGGUAGUCCUAGGAACAUAGAGGGCAGACAGUUUCUUGAGCUUUCUGAGCUUCGGUGUCCUCAUCUGUAAAAUUGCUGUAACGCAUUCUACAUCAUGUGGUUUUUGGUGACAAUAACUGAGUGAGGAGUUGGACCAGGUGGUUGAGAACUCAGAGCUGGCAGACGAACAGGACAAGGAGACGGUCAAAGUCCAAGGUCCGGGUGUCUUACCAGGUUCUAAGGAUUAACACUUGGACAUCUUUGGGAGCCUUUAUUCUGCCUACCACACCAUGCACUACCCUGUUGCCCCCAACCAGAAGUACAUCGAUGGAGGCCUGGACAGCGAGUCUGCCUCCAGCAGCAUCCGCUUCAGCAAGGCCUGCCUGAAGAACGUCUUCUCGGUCCUGCUCAUCUUCAUCUACCUGCUGCUCAUGGCUGUGGCUGUCUUCCUGGUCUACCAGACCAUCACAGACUUUCGUGAGAAACUCAAGCACCCUGUCAUGUCUGUGUCUUACAAGGAAGUGGAUCGCUAUGAUGCCCCAGGUAUUGCCCUGUACCCCGGUCAGGCCCAGUUGCUCAGCUGUAAGCACCAUUAUGAGGUCAUUCCUCCUCUGACAAGCCCUGGCCAGCCGGGUGACAUGAAUUGCACCACCCAGAGGAUCAACUACACGGACCCCUUCUCCAAUCAGACUGUGAAAUCUGCCCUGAUUGUCCAGGGGCCCCGGGAAGUGAAAAAGCGGGAGCUGGUCUUCCUCCAGUUCCGCCUGAACAAGAGUAGUGAGGACUUCAGCGCCAUUGAUUACCUCCUCUUCUCUUCUUUCCAGGAGUUCCUGCAAAGCCCAAACAGGGUAGGCUUCAUGCAGGCCUGUGAGAGUGCCUAUUCCAGCUGGAAGUUCUCUGGGGGCUUCCGCACCUGGGUCAAGAUGUCACUGGUGAAGACCAAGGAGGAGGAUGGGCGGGAAGCAGUGGAAUUCCGGCAGGAGACAAGUGUGGUUAACUACAUUGACCAGAGACCAGCUGCUGAAAAAAGUGCUCAGUUGUUUUUUGUGGUCUUUGAAUGGAAAGAUCCUUUCAUCCAGAAAGUCCAAGAUAUAAUCACUGCCAAUCCUUGGAACACAAUUGCUCUUCUCUGUGGCGCCUUCUUGGCAUUAUUUAAAGCAGCAGAGUUUGCCAAACUGAGUAUAAAAUGGAUGAUCAAAAUUAGAAAGAGAUACCUUAAAAGAAGAGGUCAGGCAACGAGCCACAUAAGCUGAAGUCACCUCGCGUUGUUUAUAGAACUGUCCACAUCAGUGGGAGUUGUCAUCACUUCCACUUUGUAAACUGAGCUAUCAACAAUCCUGUACUCACUUGAAGAAAUGGGGCCUUGCUGAGGGGAACAGCAUGUCAAACUGGAACUUCUAACCUUGCCCCGAAAGAGGCCGUGUAGAGCCUAAUAGAAGAGAGCUAAUGGAUAACCUACAUGUUAUUUAAAUAUUUAAAUUAUUAAUAAACUUUCUAAAGAGCUGGCCAAUGACUUUUGAAUAGGGUUUGUAGAAGAUGCCUUUCUUCCUGUUUGGUUCAUUGUAUUGUAUUAGGUUAAGCUCUACUAGGGUAAUGAAGGCUCUACUUUUCACUUUUUAAAAGUAGACAAAAGAGUGUGAUUUUCUUUUUCCAAAAAUCCUAUCAAGACGUGCAGGUCAUGCUUUGGAGCCUAUGCACUGUACACAGAGGCAAAACCCUAUGACUUUGGCGUCAUCUGCCAUUGAUGUCCAGCCUCUGACAUGCUCUUUGAUUUGUUAAACGUUAAAUGAGACUUUAAAGCUACUAGAAACUAGUAAUUAAGUUUCUUAAUGGGCUGACUAGCCACCUACUCAUCUGGCUAGAAUGUUUGUUGAUGUAUGAGUUUAGAUUAACACUCAAAAGCACUAAGGACAGAUGUACAUACUAGGUGCCUACUCAGUGUAUUUUGAUGAUUUCAUUAACAGGUAAAUAAAAGGUUAAUACAAAAGGAA